CCUCGCAACCCCUCGAGAUCCUCGAGCUGAUGUGGGGCUCGCAAGCUCUGCUCGAAGAGGAAUCGUCCAGACCUCCAGACUACACUAGCGCAUGCGGGGAAGGCACUUGACUGGUGGGGAAAAUCCUGGCUCAUUUCUGAAGAUCAACAGGUGUGAUGGUAUAGCUGACCUACCUGGAGGAUCCUCGACCGUUAUAAGAAUAACCGGGCGUCCCGGGCUAACGCGCAUGGCUUCCAGAGUUGUGUUUUCGAACCAGAUUCGACACUACCCUCGCCAUGAUUGAAGACUUGCUCCACCAGAUGAUGCCCGGGAAGGCAGCUCUUUGCCUCCUCGGCGUCUUCUUUCUUGCCUGCAUAGUUCGAAAAGUACAGAUAUCAAUGCAGAUUCAACGGCUGGGGGGCAGGGCCCCUAUGGUACAGUUUCGCCUCCCAUACGCCAUGGACUUUAUCUACAAAUCCCUUGCCGCGAACAGAGCCCACCGCGACCUGGAGUUCUUCAGCAACGCAAUCAAGACAGCGAAGGGGCCAUCGCAGAUUAACAAUCCCAAAACCGCCGAGGUUAGCGCAGGCGUCUCGGCUCGAAUCAUCUUCACCCGAGACCCCGAGAACAUCAAGGCCAUCCUCGCGGGCCAGUUCGCAGACUAUGGCAAGGGUGAGCCCUUCCAUAACGACUGGAAAGAGUUCCUGGGCGACAGCAUCUUUGUCACAGACGGUGAGCUGUGGUCGCGCUCACGACAUCUGAUUCGACCGAUGUUUGUGCGCGAGCGGAUCGUGGACACCGAGGUCUUCGAAAAGCAUGUGCAGCACCUUAUCCCCUUCCUGUCAGGACAGGAUUCACCGAUCAGUAGCAAGGUCGUCGAUGUUGGCCCGUUAUUCUUCCGCUACACGCUGGACGCAGCUACCGACUAUCUGCUGGGCCAAGGCACGGACAGUCUCCAGAACCCGACGACGCUGUUUAGCGAAGCAUUCGGCUAUGUGCAGCAUCGCCAGGCCGAUCUAACACGACUCGGUGUCUUCAAGUUCCUGCUCUCACUGAAGGAAUUCCGCCGCAGCCUCAAGAUCAUGGACAACUUCAUCCAACCCUACAUCAGCCGAGUCCUAUCCCUAUCGACCGCCGAACUCGACCAGAAACUGUCCAAACAAGACACAUUCCUGGACUCCCUCGCCCGCUUCACCCGAGACCCAAGAGUCCUCCGAGACCAACUGGUUGCAAUCCUGCUCGCAGGCCGCGACACAACAGCCGGAACGCUCUCCUUCUGUCUCUUCGAACUCGCCCGGAACCCCGAUGUCGUGGCAAAACUGCGACAGGAGAUCGAGUCGCGACUCGGCGUCGGAGCCAAGGGCCAAAAGCCCAGCUACAUCGAUCUCAAGGAGAUGAAGUACCUCAACGCGGUCCUUAAUGAAACUAUGCGUCUGUACCCGGUCGUUCCGUUCAAUGUUCGUCUCGCGCUCCAUGAUACCACCCUGCCCCGUGGCGGUGGUCCGGAUGGGCUCUCUCCGAUCGGUGUUCGUGCUGAUACCCGGGUGAUAUAUUCUACGAUGCUGAUGCAGCGGAACCCGGAGAAUUAUGAUGCUCCUGGCUCGGCUCAGUACGUGGACCCCGAGAAGUUUCAUCCUGACCGCUGGUUGUCUGGCUGGCAGCCUAAGCCGUGGCGGUUUAUCCCCUUCAAUGGGGGCCCGAGGAUCUGUCUGGGUCAGCAGUUUGCGACGAUCGAGAUGGGAUAUACGGUGGUUCGAAUUCUCCAGGCGUUCCGGGAGAUCAAGGCAUACCCGGUUAGUGGGAAGGCGGUCGUGGAGGAUCCUGUUCUUCGGUUUGAAGUCACCUUGAGUCCGGGAUCAGAGUUGAAUUGUCUCUUUGUGCCGGAGGAAGAAGCGGGUGUUACUCAAUGAGCGAGUUUUGUUCGCCUUCUUGAUCUUACGACUGAUGAAAGGUGAAAGGAUCUAAUAUCCCGUACAGUAUAAUGGGUGGUCAUAGG